AGGACAGCCAGGGUGAUGCAGUCACCCCCACUCAUUGAGAUGGUGUGCUCCCGGCGGGGUAGUUCUGUCCUGCUGCGCCCCGGCGGACGCUCUAGCCAACAUCUCCGCUGUAAGCCCGAGAUGCUGCUACCUUCGCCCGUGCUCCGCUGGGCCAUGCUGGCCCGCCCUUGGAGGGGAGCCAGGCUGCGGUGGAAGCACACCUCCUCCCUGAAGGUAGCCAACGAGCCCAUCUUAGCUUUCACACAGGGCAGCCCUGAGCGAGACGCACUACAGAAGGCCUUGAAGGACUUGAAGGGCAGGACGGAAGCCAUCCCAUGUGUGGUGGGGGAUGAGGAGGUGUGGACGUCAGAUGUGCGGUACCAGGUGUCGCCCUUUAACCAUGGACAUAAGGUGGCCAAGUUCUGUUACGCAGACAAGGGCCUGCUCAACAAAGCCAUUGAGGCUGCCUUGGCCGCCAGGAAAGAGUGGGACCUGAAGCCUGUUGCAGACCGAGCCCAGAUCUUCCUGAAGGCAGCGGAUAUGCUAAGUGGGCCACGCAGGGCCGAGGUCCUUGCCAAGACCAUGGUGGGACAGGGCAAGACGGUGAUCCAAGCAGAGAUCGAUGCAGCUGCUGAGCUCAUCGACUUCUUCCGAUUCAACGCCAAGUUUGCUGUGGAGCUGGAGGGGGAGCAGCCCAUCAGCGUGCCGCCCAGCACCAAUAGCGUGGUGUACCGGGGGCUGGAGGGCUUCGUGGCAGCCAUCUCCCCCUUUAACUUCACUGCAAUUGGCGGCAACCUGGCGGGGGCGCCAGCCCUGAUGGGCAACGUGGUCCUGUGGAAGCCCAGUGACACCGCCAUGCUGGCCAGCUAUGCUGUCUACCGCAUCCUCCGGGAGGCCGGCCUGCCCCCCAACAUCAUCCAGUUUGUGCCAGCUGACGGGCCCGCAUUUGGGGAUACCAUCACAAGCUCAGAGCACCUCUGUGGCAUCAACUUCACAGGCAGCGUGCCCACCUUCAAACACCUGUGGAAGCAGGUGGCCCAGAACCUGGACCGGUUCCGCACCUUCCCACGCCUGGCUGGAGAAUGUGGUGGAAAGAACUUCCACUUUGUGCACCGCUCGGCUGAUGUGGACAGUGUGGUGAGCGGGACCCUGCGCUCGGCCUUUGAGUACGGGGGCCAGAAGUGUUCCGCCUGCUCACGCCUCUACGUGCCUCAGUCGCUGUGGCCGCAGAUCAAAGGGCGGCUGCUGGAGGAGCACAGCCGGAUCAAAGUGGGCGAUCCUGCAGAGGAUUUUGGGACCUUCUUCUCGGCAGUGAUUGAUGCCAAGUCCUUCAGUCGCAUCAAGAAGUGGCUGGAGCACGCUCGCUCCUCACCCAGCCUCAGCGUCCUGGCCGGGGGCAAGUGUGACGACUCUUUGGGCUACUUUGUGGAGCCCUGCAUCGUGGAGAGCAAGGACCCACAGGAGCCCAUCAUGAAGGAGGAGAUCUUCGGGCCGGUGCUAACUGUGUACGUCUACCCGGACAACAAGUACAAGGAGACGCUCCAGCUGGUUGACAGCACCACCAGCUACGGCCUCACGGGGGCAGUGUUCGCCCAGGAUAAGGAGGUCAUCCAGGAGGCCACAAAGAUGCUAAGGAAUGCUGCCGGCAACUUCUACAUCAAUGACAAGUCCACCGGCUCCGUGGUGGGCCAGCAGCCCUUUGGGGGAGCCCGAGCCUCUGGAACCAACGACAAGCCAGGGGGCCCCCACUACAUCCUGCGCUGGACGUCACCCCAGGUCAUCAAGGAGACCCACAAGCCCCUGGGGGACUGGCGCUACUCAUACAUGCAGUGAGCCCCGCCGUGCCUCCAUUGUCCACCUGUCUGCCCAUCCAGAUGACUGACCUCACUGCACUGCCCCCCGCCCAGCCCCUCCACCCCAUUCCUUGUGGAUGGCUCCCUUUCUAGAGCCAGACACCCCCUCCCCACCACUACCCUGUGUUCUGGCCUCUGCCGUGCCUUGGUAUCAGGUGCCUGGGUGCUGGUUUGAGAUCACAUUGGGGAGGAACAAGCUACUUCCCCUUAUCCUGUCAGUCAGUUCCACUUGGGAGGAGCUCAGGGCCUGGAAGUUUCUCCCUCUCUCCUCCCCUGGGGCCCUGGGGCCCAGGGGCCCAGGGACCUGGGAAUGGACAUCAAGUAGCUGUUGGGAUCCUUUGCAUAAAGGAGGCUACUCUGGGUCCCUCGGCAAACCUCACCACUCAUGGAGGCUCCUGGCCUUGGGCCCAGCUCCUCCAGGUGUCCAGGGUAAAGUGUGACCAGGGGUGGCCUACAGGGCACAGGGGGCACCAGCUGGCCUUGUCCUCCUUUUGUGCGGGCUGCCCACCUUUCUCACCACAUCUUUGUCCAGACCCACUGGGGUCAGUGGGUAUCUGUACCUGUGUCCACCCACCUGCCUUAGACACCUGUAUGCCUUUCUCCAGGGGCCUACGUUCGCCUGAGGCCCACAUGAUUCCUGGCCUGCUCCAUGUGCUGGAGGUCACCUGUUAUGGUGUGGGAUGUGCUGGUCCCUCCUGUUUGGGCUGUGAUUUUGUAAAGCCUUGGGUGGGCCUUCGUCCUGUCUCAGCUUUCCUUAGCCCCUCUGGUCCUACCUCUAGAGACCUCCACUCUCAGGGCUGGUCUUGGGGCCUGAGAUUUCCCUACAGGAGCUCAGGCAGAUGUCACCCCCUCCCUUCUCCUAGCCCCUUACACCUGACCUUGGGAUUCCUUCAGCCUGGGUCGAGGGUGUUGACUAUAGAACCUUCCCUGCUUAGCGUGUCAGUGGCUCUAUGAGGACUGGCCCCUCAGUGGCCUGUUUUUUGUUAUGGCCACAGUGUCCCCUGCAGAUUCCUUCUUGUCGGAUUCUGGGUGGUCAGGGGUCCAUCCUGACUUUCAAGGGUGGCUUUUAGGGGACUGUGAAAGUGCUAAGAAAGUAAGUGUUCCUCAAGGACAGCUGCACGGGGCCCCCAUGGAGCUGGUGUGGCUGUCCCCAAGUGCCACUGUUUCACACCACGGCCUGUGGUUGGGAUGGAUGCCUUUGCCACCUCGGCCACAUGUGGGUUCUGCUGUCAUUCUUUCCUGGUUCUGCACUGUGAGCUGGCAGUAGGAGUCACCCUGAUGUCACCCAAUAAAGUGCCUGUUACUUAAAGCA